GUUCAGUUCUGGACAUUACAACUUGAAAUUACAAGCAAGUAGUGCUAUUAAACUUGAAGUGUUCUUGUGAAUCUGUCAACUCGUCAAGAUGCUGAGCGCUGUUUUUCUCGUGUGUGCAUCCCUAGUCGUGGCAGUGCAGGGGAGGUUCAUAGUUGUGCCGAUGGAAGUAGAGUCGUGUGGAGACUUGGUCCCGGCGCCCGUCCCCAACAAGGACAGCGUCACUGCAGCGCUUGACCGGUGCAUGGCCCGGCCCCGAGUGGCGGCCAUCAUCAGCUCCUACCAAGGCCCAGAAGAGGACAGGACCGCUGAGAUUCUUUUGACCUGCUUCGCUGACGAAGCUCAUUUGAUCAUCAGCACGGGGCUGAUGGCGGACUACUUCAUGGAGAGCGUGAGGCUGGGCGUGCAGGGAACCCGCAUGGAGAGCUCCGUCGUCGCCGCCCUCAGCGUCUGUGAUGCUGGCCUCCUUCAGCGCAACAUGAUCGUGCCCUUCAUGCGUUGUGUGCAGAAUAGAUGCGAAGAGAAGUGAGAAGACUUGAACAGAAAGCCUUCUUUCCUACAUUGAUUAACAUA